AUGGAGUUGUGCACACAAACUGUUGCAACAGAUCAUGAGGUUAUAAUUACACGUCGCUCUGGAAGUCAUCAUCCUACUAUAUGGGGUGACCAUUUUCUUGCCUAUGUUGAUCUUCCGGGAGAAAAUGAAGGGGAAGAGAAAGAACAUGAAGACCUAAAAGAAGAAGUGAGAAAGAUGUUAGUGAUGGCUCCUUCAAAUUCUUUGGAAAAACUUGAACUAAUCAACACAAUUCAAUGUCUUGGUUUAGCUUAUCAUUUUGAAAGUGAGAUUGAUGAAUCAUUGAGUUACAUGUACACUCAUUAUGAAGAACAUUGGAUUGGUGAUCUUCAUGCUAUUGCUCUAUGCUUUCGAUUACUUAGGCAACAAGGUCAUUAUGUCUCAUGUGAUGCAUUUAAGAAGUUCACUACUCACCAAGGAAAUUUCAAGGAAGAAUUGGUUAAGGAUGUGCAAGGAAUGUUGAGUUUAUAUGAGGCAGCACAAUUCAGAGUACAUGAAGAACAAAUUCUUGAUGAAGCACUAAAUUUCACCAUUACUCAAUUGAAGCUAAUUUUGCCUAAAUUGAUCAACUCCCAACUUGCACAACAAAUCACUAAUGCCCUCAAGUUUCCAAUUAAAGAUGGCAUUGUGAGGGUAGAAACAAGAAAAUACAUAUCAUUUUACCAACAAAAUCAAAAUCACAAUCAAGUCUUACUAAACUUUGCCAAAUUAGACUUCAACAUCUUGCAAACAUUGCAUAAAAAAGAGCUAUUUGAUAUCACAAGGUGGUGGAAAGAAUUGGAAAUAGUGAACACAUCACCUUAUGUAAGAGACAGAUUGGUAGAGGCUUACUUUUGGAGUUUAGGUGUCCACUUUGAGCCUCAAACAAGUGUUACAAGGAAAAUAUUAACAAAAGUUUCAUUCCUCCUUUCUAUUAUUGAUGACACAUAUGAUAUUUAUGGGACACUAGAUGAACUUACUCUAUUCACUGAGGCAAUUGAGAGGUGGAAUAUUAAUGCUUCAGAAGAGUUACCAUCAUAUAUGAAGAUUAUUUACCAAUAUCUUUUAGAUGUUUACAAUGACAUUGAGAAAGAGUUGGCAAAUGAGAACAAGUCAUUUCUAGUCAACUAUUCCAUAAAUGAGAUGAAAAAGGUGGUGAAGGCUUACUUUCAAGAGGCAAAAUGGUAUUAUGGGAAGAAAGUACCAAGAAUGAAACAAUAUAUGAAGAAUGGAAUUCCAACAAGUGGUUACCUAUUGCUAGCAACUAAUUCUUGGUUAGGCAUGGGAGAGAUAGCAACUAAAGAUGCAUUUGAUUGGUUAAGAACUGAACCUCCCAUGCUUGUUGCAUCUUGUAUCAUUGCAAGAUUACUCAAUGAUCUUUUAUCACAUGAGGAAGAGCAAAAAAGAGGAGAUGCAGCUUCUGGUGUUGAAUGUUAUAUGAAAGAAUAUGGUGUUACAAAGGAAGAAGCACACACAAAAAUAAGAAAAAUAAUAGAAAAUUAUUGGAAGGAUUUGAAUGAAGAAUACUUCAAAGUGGAUGUGGCUAUUAUACCAAGAGUUCUGCUCAUGCCUAUAAUUAAUCUUACAAGAGUAUCUGAGUUCAUUUAUAAAGAUGAAGAUGCUUAUACUUUCUCCAAAAAUAACUUGAAAGACACCAUCUCUAAGAUACUAGUUGAUCCUAUUAUAUAGACUGAUAUGAACUUCAAUUAAGGGUUGUUUAGUUACUUGUAUUAG